UAUCACGCCGUAAACCUAUUACUGUGUUUGCCUUAAAGUAUCGACUAUUAACGCUGCCCGUUGUCGAGACGUUAAUUUUGCACGCCUACCCAAGUAGCUUGUUACUUCUUUGUUUAUAACCCUUAUCUUCCGAAUAAAAGCAGUGUUAGCCACCUGCAGUCAGGGUCUCUGAUAAGUUACUUGAUUUAGACGCCGCCUAGCGCACACCAACCGAACCGUCGUCAUGCUGCGGAGGAACGUUCGCCUUAGAAAAGAAUACCUAUACAGAAAAAGUCUAGAGGGAAAGGAGCGAGCGGCGUAUGAGCGGAAACGCCUGAUUCGUAAAGCGCUUGAAGAGGGAAAGCCUAUCCCCACCGAGUUGCGGAAGGAUGAAGCGGCUUUGCGGAGGGAGGUGGAGCUGGAGGAUGACAACACGGCGGUUCCACGCAGCCACGUGGACGACGAGUAUGCCCACGCGGGUGAGACCGACCCCAAGGUGCUCAUCACCACCAGCCGCGACCCCUCCAGCCGCCUCACGCAGUUCGCAAAGGAGAUGAAGCUGGUGGUGCCCAACAGCCAGCGCAUCAACCGCGGCGGCCUCAUCCUGAGCGAGCUGGUGGAGAGCUGCCGCAACCACGACUUCACAGACAUAGUGGUGCUGCACGAGCACCGCGGGGAGCCGGACGGCAUGGUUGUGUGCCACCUGCCGUACGGCCCCACCGCCUACUUCGGCAUCUUCAACACCGUGCUGCGGCACGACAUCGGGCAGAAGAAGGAGGUUGGCACCAUCUCCGAGGCCUACCCGCACCUCAUCUGCGACAACCUGGGCUCCAAGCUGGGCCUGCGCACCGCCAACAUCCUCAAACACCUCUUCCCGGUACCCAAGGACGACUCCAAGCGCAUCGUCACCUUUGCCAACCGCAGCGACUACAUCUCCUUCCGCCACCACACCUACGCGCAGCCCAAGGGCGCUGCCAGCAUAGAGCUCAAGGAGUGCGGUCCCCGCUUCGAGCUGAAGCUCUACCAGAUCAAGCUGGGUACCAUGGACCAGUCGCACGCGGAGGACGAGUGGGUGCUGCGGGCGUACACGCGGAGCACCAAGAAGGCC